AUGUAUAACAAUAAUAAUAAUAAUGGUGGUGGCGGAGGAGGUAGUAGUAAUAAUGGAAAGGAGUCCAUCGGUAUAGAUAUGGACGAUAACAACAAUGGCAAGGACAAGGACAACUACUCCUCAUCAAACAACAAUGAGAUUGAGAUCGAUGAGAUAAAGGAUGACGUCAACGCCUCCCUAAUAGACAUUGCUCAGCAGAAGCAACAACAAAUGCAGCAACAGCAACAACAACAGCAGACUCUAACAUUGCAACAACAACAUCAAAAUGAGAUGACAAAGAUCAUGAUGGUUAUUGCAUUCUAUUUCUUUAUAUCUAUAUCGUUGGUGUUCUUGAACAAGUUGUUGAUGAAGAACCUCGACUUUAAGUACCCAUUGUUCAUCACUUGGUAUCAACAGAUCGUGUCGUUUGUCAUGAUCUUUGUAAUGUGCAAGAUCGCACCAGGUGUGCCUGCACUCAACUUCCUGCCGCCCUUUGAGUUCAAGUAUGAGACUGCUCAACGUGUCAUGCCACUCACUGCCGUGCUCACAAUGAUGAUCGUCUUUAACAACCUCUGUCUGGAAUACGUCGAAGUCUCAUUCUACCAAGUUGCUAGAUCACUGACAAUAUGUUUCUCGAUCUUACUUACUUAUUUGAUACUUAAGAGCAAGACAUCUUAUAAGGCAUCGAUGGCAUGUGGCAUUGUAUUCUUUGGAUUCAUACUUGGCAGUGCAGGCGAGAUCAACUUCUCAUGGUAUGGCAUAGUCUUUGGUCUCCUCUCCUCCUUCUUUGUUGCUCUCUACUCAAUCUAUGUCAAGAGAAUACUUCCAGUCUGUGAGGGUAAUGAAUGGAAACUGUCAAUCUACAACACUGCCAUCUCAAUUGUAUUCAUUCUACCAUUGAUAUUCCUGGGAGGUGAGGCUUCGACAUUGCUUCAAGAGGAGGUAUUGUACACUGGUGAGUUCUGGUUGGUGAUGACCAUCGCUGGUGCCAUGGGCUAUCUUAUCAGCAUUGCCAUCUUCAUGCAGAUCAAGCAUACCAGUCCUCUGACAAACGCCAUCUCUGGUACCGUCAAGGCUUGUGUCCAAACCAUCCUUGCCGUCAUGAUCUGGGGCAAUGAGAUAUCAUUCCAGAAUGGAUUCGGUAUCUUCUUGGUGAUUUCAGGAUCAUUCUAUUACUCUUAUGUAAGAUAUCAGGAGAUGAGGAAAUAA